AUGAUAAUCCUCUAUAAUAGCAGCCUCCACAAAGCUACUUUCUUCCUGACGGGCUUUCAAGGUCUUCAAGAUCUCCAUGGCUGGAUCUCUAUCCCCUUCUGCUCCAUCUACUUGACAGUUAUUGUAGGAAAUCUUACUAUCCUUCAUGUCAUCCGUACUGAUGUCACCCUCCAUGAACCCAUGUACUAUUUCUUGGCCAUGUUGGCCCUCACAGAUUUGGGCCUUUGCCUUUCUACACUGCCCACCGUGCUAGGCAUCUUCUGGUUUGAUGCCAGAGAGAUUGGCAUCCCUGCCUGCUUCACUCAGCUCUUCUUCAUCCAUACCUUGUCUCUAGUGGAGUCUUCAGUUCUAUUGUCCAUGUCCAUUGACCGCUAUGUGGCCAUCUGCAACCCACUGCGUUACUCCACAGUCUUGACACCUACACGUAUUGUCAAGAUGGGACUGAGUUCAGUGCUUAGAAGUGCCCUGCUCAUCCUCCCCCUGCCAUUCCUUCUUAAGCGUUUUCGGUACUGCCGCUCCCAUGUGCUGGCCCAUGCAUAUUGUCUGCACCUAGAGAUCAUGAAGCUGGCCUGCUCUAGCAUCAUUGUCAAUCACAUCUAUGGGCUCUUUGUUGUGGCCUGCACUGUAGGUGUGGACUCACUGCUCAUCUUCCUCUCCUAUGCUCUUAUCCUCCGCACCGUACUAAGCAUUGCCUCCCGCCAGGAGCGACUUCGGGCCCUCAACACCUGUGUCUCCCACAUCUGUGCUGUGUUACUCUUCUACAUCCCCAUGAUUGGCUUGUCUCUUGUGCACCGCUUUGGUGAACAUCUGCCCCACAUUGUACACAUCCUCAUGUCUUAUGUGUAUCUGCUGGUACCACCUCUCAUGAACCCCAUUGUCUACAGCAUCAAGACCAAGCAAAUCCGCCAACGCAUCGUUAAGAAGUUUGAGUUUAUAAAAUCACUUAGGUGUUUUUGGCAGGAUUAG